GGCUGCUGGCUGGCCGCUCAUGCAGGGCCGCUUUGGAGUCAACGUCGCACUCGAUUCUUUGGCUUUUGCUGUUUGUAUUAUGACAAGGUCUUGACGCGCUGCAGUAGGACGCCUAAACGCUCCUCACUUUAGCUGUGAUGAAAAAUAUGCGCAGCAGCAGCAGCGCGUAGCGAAGUGGAGCAAGCCUAUUUGAAAUCUCCAUUUGAAGCCUUUUCGAAGUGCGGUCUGCCUUUAUUUAGGUUGGUGCGAUGAGAUACAACAUCAGCUUUCUGCUCUCAAAUGCCGACUGGUUUGCAAAAAAAAAAAAAAAGUUCCUGCAUAACACUCGAGCAUAUUUGAAGCGCGUCAGGAUCACUUUGGAGAGCAGGAGCUCUCACGUACUUGUGAACGACUCACUUAGCACUUAGAAUUGCGCAAGUUUUUUUUUCUUAUUUUCUUUUUUUUCAUUCCUUGCAUUUUAGAUAUAUAGUUGAUAUUUUAUGUCCACCAAUUUGUUCAAACAUGCAACGCAACACACACACACACACACACACACACACACACACACACGCACGCACGCACGCACACACAAAUUGUACAAACUUCAAAAACAUUGCACAAACUUCAAAAACAUUCCGCAUCAUUCAUUCACACUAGUCAAACUGAUGUCAAGUAUUUUUUUUCUAAACUUUGACAAUUUUGCCUAUUUUGAGUUCAAAACCAAGUUCAAGCAACCGUGAACUUGGCUUCGUCGUGCAUGCGGCCGCUUAUAGCGAAUGCAAUUGUUUUGGGUUUUUUAAAUACCUCUGUUCUGUCUAUCUUCGAUUGAAUUAAGUUUAGUAAUGCUGCAGUUUUUCUUUAAUUCAUAAAAAUAUGCCCAUUAUUUGCAUCAUUUGUAUAGAAUCUCAAUGAACAAUAGUGCAGUUGAUGCAGCGUUAAUUGUGAAGGCUGCAAGUGGAGUUUGUGGGGCUGGCUGUGCAAGUUGCGUGCGAAUGUUUGUGCGUGUUGGGCACUUUCAUGUUAAUGAUAGUGCAAACUAUUUCAAGCAAAGUCAUAACUGCUCUUUUCUUUCUUUUUGAUUUUCUUUGUUGCUGCUGUUGUUGUUGUUUUUUAAUUCAAGAUGCCCCGAUCUUUUGUAGAGAAGUGACUCCACAAAUCAACUAAUUAGCGCAGACGGAAACUCUCAGUUACGUGUCCCCUGUUAUCCUGUAAAAAUCAUAUAAAAGAAUUGCGAGAAGGGUAACAAUCCCACCAGAGUUAGUCAGUGGGCUUUAUUGGAGCGAUCUGUUAAACUUGUUCAUGUGAGGUGUGCUAUAGAAUAUACGCUCUUAAAGUAACCUUAUAGAGCCACCCCCGCCCCCCCCACACACACACACAUUUUUUUUUUCAACAGAGCCACUGGCUUCAACCUGCUGACCCUCUCUUACUGUAAAUACGGCAAUGAGCAUCAGUCCUUUCUUUAAAACAAGCUUGUAAAGUUGGGACAUCACGCCUUUAUGUGACAAGGAAUUCAACCAUAAUUUGGUACAAGAUGCCACAUGCAAACCCUCCUCGAAAGUGGGUGGGGGACAGUGUUUUCAUGAGAUAGACAGAGCGUUUAACAAAAAAUAAAAACUUUUGCCAGCUUGUAAAAAUAUUAAACGAGAACACGGCCAACUCCUUUAGUGAAGUGGUUUUAAGAAAAGACAAAAAAAGCAGCACUGGGUACUUUUGGUCUCAUGACUCAAGUCAAGAAAGAAACAAGCUUGUGGAAUUUUAUAAAAAGCUUUAUGGUAUUUUCAAAAAGCAUAUAAAGCUGAGCUAUAGAGACGUGAAUGUUUUGUUUUGCCUGAGCCCGAGCGAGUGGGUGGGACCCCGUGGAGCAGAAGUUGGCCUAGACACGUGGUCUCAGGCUGACCAAUCAGGCGCCCCCCCAGGUUUAACUAUGUUAAAUGUCAGAUUGCAAUAAACUAGAAGCUGUUGGUCGGGCCCGCGGAAAUGGGCGAGCAUAAUCUCCUUAAUCCGGGCUUUGUGGGACCUUUGGUAAACAUCCACACUGGAGACACCUUUUAUUUCCCCAAUUUUCGAGCCUCGGGGGGACAACUGGCGGGGCUACCGUCUCUCUCCUACCCCAGGAGGGACAACGUUUGCUCCCUCCCGUGGAAUCCUUCGGAGCCGUGCAAUGGAUACUCCCAGUCCUACUUCAGCAGCCCCGUCUCUAUUAACCCCUCGUUCAACCGCUCGUGUGAGAUCAGCAGAGCGGAGGAGGCCAAGUGUUACUACGGCAACGGCGCCAGGGAGGCGUGCGGCGGCGGAAGCGGCGGCGGCAGUGGAAGCUCGGGCUCGGGCUCAGGUGGCCUCAAGCGGGAGGACAGGGCGAGGGACACAACCUCCUCAUCCCUAACAUCAGAGCACGGGAUGCACGCCGGGAUUGGCGCCGCCGCCGCAGUGGCGGCGGCCGCCUUCGCCAAAUACGAGUACGGCAACGAGCAGCUGACGCAGGACCCUCCGUCCUGCCAGUCCAUGGAGUCCGACUCCAGCUCGUCCCUGCUCAACGAGAGCAGCAAGCCCCCAUCCGGCGACACGCAGAGCCUGGUGUCCCCGGCAAGCCACGCCAACAACAUAGCCGCGGGCGGAGGUGCCCCGUGGUACCCGAUGCACACGCGGACCAGGAAGAAGCGCAAACCUUACUCCAAACUUCAGCUGGCCGAGCUGGAGGGCGAAUUCAUGCUGAACGAGUUCAUCACCAGACAGCGGCGGAGGGAGCUCUCCGACCGGCUCAACCUCAGCGACCAGCAGGUGAAGAUCUGGUUCCAGAACCGCAGGAUGAAGAAGAAGAGACUCAUGCUGAGGGAACAAGCUCUGGCCUACUUUUAGUGCUGACGCGGCUGCAGAAGGUGAAUCAGCGAGACGCUAAAGAAAGAAAGAAAGAAAGAAAGAAAGAAAGAAAGAAAGAAAGAAAGAAAGAAAGAAAGAAAGAAAAACGCAAAACAAAAAGUAGCCCAAUCUUCUGUGCUCACGUGGUUUUCAAGUGCAUGCACGGCCUCUUCUUCAUCUUUCCAAGGAAGUUCUGUUCGCCAGCCCCAUUUCCUGCUGUUUUCGAGCCAGUGUAUGAAAUUCAAUCAUUGCUGUCGUCGCACAAAUUUGGGGAGCUUCAGUCAAGUCGACUCCCCAAUUUGAGGGAAACGCAACGAGCCAAAUUUCACAUAACACCCUCAAUGGUCUUUUUGCCCGCGCUUGCGUGUGAAUGAACGAAAACAGGCAGGGCCUCUUUCGAAAAACCUUCCAAAACAAAGCUAGACAUUCAAAAGGACCGCCAGGACUCAAGUGGUUGAAUCUACGCAUCAAUCCACUAAUGUGAUUAAAUAGCAGGGAGGGAGGAGGGGGGGGGGGAGUCUUGCCCUCCGCGCAUACACACGCACGCACGGACACAAUAUAGUAUAAUUUGGGCCACGCGUUGUGGACACGUUCACGGUCACGGGCAGGAAGUGUGCAAGUGUGCAGGAGGAGAGCCACGCAGUACGUCAAGUCCAACAAAUAAAGGCAGGUUCACCGUCUUUAUUUUUCGUGUGCAAUGAUUGCGCCCAUCUGCUGUCAUUGUACUGCUUCCUACCUAUGGAGAAGUGCUGCACGCAUUUAAAAAAAGAAGGGGAAAAAAUAAUAUUUUAGUUGACAGCAUAUAAUUGUUAAGUGAAAAACUUAGUGUCCGUAUUUUAAACAAUCGACAUAUUGAUGCAUUUAAGGCCUGAUGGUGUAAUUUCAGCAGGCGAUUUUCCCUCCUCCAGGCCUUAAACAGGAUUUCAGAUUUUCAGAUUUUUUUUGGUGCUCGUGAUGAAUAGAUAUCUUACGGAUAAUCAUACCAGCACUAUUAAUAAUAAUGAGAGCAAUCGUCCAUAAGAAGUAUUCGCGUGUGCGGAUGCGGUCGAACGAGUAACGGGUGUAGCCGUGAGCAGUGUAUUUGCAGCAUGACAUUACUGUGAAAGUACUCCAGGUCGGGCCACUUUUCAUGUAGGUGACGCGUUUGUCUUCUGAAUUAUCUGUGUGUGUAUUUUUUAUUUUUCUCCCUGUCCACUUUCCGAGGCGACCCCGCGUUGAGACCGCGGGAAUGCUUGUUGGCGUUGUUCUUUGAGGAGGGACGUGCGGGCGCUGCGCGGCCGCCCUCGACGUCCUCCUGCGACCUCCUACUCGUGUAUAACUUUGUCCUGCAAUGUCAUGACACAUGUUACUCGAUUGUGUGGAUCCCCGUUCCACGCCGUGUAUUGGUGCUUUAUGUUUUGAAUCGUCUUGAACAACGAAUACUGUCGCAUUCCGUGAAGCAUAUUUGUGGUCGUGCAGCGGGAGUUGGAAAUGUGCUCGGCCUCUUCUAUUAUGAUAUAAAUAUAUACUGGCACAUAUUUGAUAUGGACAAAAGGGGUCCCCCAAAAUGUUCCGUGUUAGUAGCUGUUUGUUCUGGUGGUUACUUUGAUUUGGGCCCUCGUUUGCAUUGCUUUCUUUGCGCUUGUAAGGAUUGCUCCAUUGUCUUGUAUAGUCAUGAUAUGAAUGUAUAUGCGUACGGUCUUCAAUAAACAGAAUAUUGCAACGUC